CCACACGAAGGCGGAGGCGCAACCCCUUCGCGAAAAAGAGGGUCGCCGCGAGUUCCCGGUGCUCGCGAAUAGAUUCUCGAAAGCGCGUCACGAUUUUUUGGAAAAAAAAAAACAGUAUCCGUGCAACUUCCUUCGCGUUCGCCAAUUACGCGUCUCGCCGAGAGUUUCGACGCGGAUCGGUGCCGAGGAGUGUGACCAUUCAGGAAAGCCGGUGACAGUGUGCAUCGUCGAAUGACGCUUCGAUAGUAUGACACGAGGAAAAUCCGAUCGGCAGUGAAUAAUCGCGAGUGUUCACGCGCGUGUGUUGGGCCACUAAGCCAGAAUCGAUCGCUCUCUCGAAAAAGGGGGAAGCAGUAGAAAAAAAAGGAGUAUAGGGAGACGUCCCUCUGGACGGUGAUUCCGGUUGCCGAUUCGCUCAGCGGCGGCGAGAAUUGGCGUUGUUGACAAACAACGCGCACGACGGCGAAUUAGAUAGGGGAACAUCGGCCGAUCGGUGGCAAUCGAUCGCAAUUCCCUUUUCCCGAUGUCCUGAUAAUCGAUAAGCAUCGUCGCCGCGUAGGUGGCCGCGUAGGGACCGCCUAGGCAGAGCCGGGGCAGCGAUCGGCCUUACCGACGUAAUUUCUCACCCUCGCCCUCCGCGUGAUCCUCGGCGCGAUCAAAUCGGGCAAGAUAAAUGUUGAGGAUAAGCGACGCUUUGCGUCGCCCGCCAGCGCGAGGCCAAGAGGACCGGGCCUUAAGUGCGACUACCGGGGCCGGCAAGAUGCCGGUCUCUCUGAGAAAUCACAGAAUCACGUAAAGGGCGGCCGCCGGCCCGUAACGGUUCACACAGCCCUUCGCACCGCGCACGCACGGUCGCGCAACGGCAAACGAAUCGCGACAGAAGAGAUAUCCUCGAGGUGACCUAGGGUGGUGAACCUACGUUUCCACCUCGAGGAACAACGUUGUCAUCAUAGUGUUUGUUUGUCGACACCCGAUGCACCAGAAGCCCGAAGGAUGGAGGCCAGCGAGUGGGAUCACGCGACCUUGAGGGAGGAGGAAUUCGAGCAGCAUGCCGUAUAUUUGGUACCGGAUGUGGCGGCAUCGCCAGGCGAUACCAAUCGUGCAGAGGCAUCUUUGCCGCGGAACCUGGUCCUCAAGCCCUCUCAGGCCCUUAAUGAUGUGUUGGGUGUAUGGAGUACCAGUUACAUUCCCAAAGGGACACGUUUCGGCCCUCUGGUCGGCCAGGUGUACACGAAGGAUUCGGUACCGGAGAACGCGAACCGGAAGUAUUUCUGGCGGGUGUACAAGAACAACGAGCUAUUCUACUACAUCGACGGUUAUGACGUCCAGAAAUCGAAUUGGAUGCGUUACGUGAAUCCCGCCUACUCGUCCGAAUCGCAAAACCUAAUAGCAUGCCAGUAUAAGAUGAACAUUUAUUUUUACACGAUCAAGCCGAUACUACCGAAUCAAGAGUUACUGGUUUGGUACUGUAGAGAGUUCGCGGAAAGGCUCAAUUAUCCGCUCACCGGCGAGCUGAUGCUUCAGAGAAUACGACAACAAGUUCAACAAUCGACGCUGCCGACAGAAAUCUCGCCUACCGUCGACGUGGUGUCGCCUCUGAAAGACUCGUCUAUCUACGAGAGACGUCAAAUGACGCCGACGGACGGUUCUGUGAGGUCGGACGAGGGUUACCAUUCGAACGGCUAUCACGACGAGAUCCUAACUCCGCCCGAGGAGAGCAGCGAGUCCGACAGCGAGAAUAACUACGUGCUGGAUUUCAGCAAGAACGCCAAAUCGCCCGUGUGCAGUGACGAGAUUCUAAAACAAGACAAUGCGGCGGCAAAGAACGAAUACAGGAAGGUCAAGAUCAAGAUCUCCAAGACCUAUGGCAACUUCCAGACGACGAAGGGCAUAUCUGACGGUCCGACGAAGGAGAAAGACCCGGAGCUGUCCAGUCGGGCGGUUACUCCGGAACUUCAGAAGCCGGUGUCGCCCAUCAUCCUGCAAAAGAGCACCGUAUUGUCAACCGCGAACGAGGACGAGAUAUCCGAGAAAAAGCCCUUCUACGAGCCGGAAGUCAAAGGUGGCAAUUUGCCGAUGUCCGGCAGGCCAGCCUACUUGACCAGCCCCAGCAGUUCCAUCCUGGAGAACAUUCUGCUGCGCAGCAGCACGGACAACAACAAUAACAGUCACAGUCAUCAUCAUCAUCAUAACGGCGUCUCGCAACAGCACCAUCAUCAGCUGCACCAUCAGACCCACGUGGAUUCGGUGACGCCGCCGCCUUCCAGCCCCACCGAAAUGGCAUACUCUUACAAGAAAUCUCAUCGUUACGGCAAUAUCCUGCCCUGCAGUCCGGAUUCCAGCUCAAAUCUACCCUUACAGACGGACUCGUGCGUAAACUCGACCAGCGGCAACGGCACGGCGCUGCCCAGCAUACAAAGCCCCACCGGCAAUCUACACUCCAGUACAGGAGGUGGACUGCAUUCGAGUACCGGAGCGAGCAACGGCAGCCUGCCGCCGCAUCCCGGAAAUUUGCACUCGUCCAGCAACGUCGGCGGCAUUCACUCCAGCACGAGCGUGCUCUCGUCCAGCACGAUACUGACAUCCACCAGCAAUCCACACUCGGCGUCCACGACGGCGAACGGUUGUCCGCCCAAGCGAAAGACGAAGUCGCCGUCACCGUCGUCGAGUCACAACGGCGUCGCCACGCCGACAACGAUCCUCUAUUCCGGCGGUUCGGCCGGCCCCGGCUGCCAGAUCGAGUCCGCCAGUCCGGUUUACCCGAACUCCGCCAGCAGCGGCAGCAGCAAUCAGAGUGUCUCGCCGAUCUCGCCCAUCCAGUCGCCCUCGUCCUACGGUCCGUACGGUAGCCUAUACGGUCAUCAAAACGGCUCGCUGCAUCACAACGUAGGUGCGCCGUUGUCCAUCAACUGCACCGCUUACUCGCCCACGCCGAGCGGCAACGUGGUUUACGAGAGAACCACGGACGGCAGACGUCUAGAGGCAGCCACCAGCAGCGGCGGCCACCAGCUACCCACCUCGUCGACCAUGCAGAUCGACGGCAACCAAGCGCUGAUCGCCGGCACGCACAAUCUCCACCUGGGUCACCAUCCGGGUCUCACUAUCCACCCCAAUUCAUCGUCGUCCCUCAACAGAUACUCGCCGGCGAGCUCCCUGUCGCCGGACGAUCACGGCUGUUCCCAGAGCGGCUCUCUCAGCCCCAACUCCCAAGGCUCGAGGGGCUACAGAUCGCUGCCUUACCCGCUCAAAAAGAAAGACGGCAAAAUGCACUACGAGUGCAAUGUCUGUUGCAAAACGUUCGGUCAGCUAUCGAACCUUAAAGUGCACCUCAGAACACAUUCCGGCGAGAGGCCCUUCAAAUGCAACGUUUGCACCAAGAGCUUCACGCAACUCGCGCACCUCCAGAAGCAUCAUCUCGUGCAUACCGGCGAAAAGCCGCAUCAAUGCGAGAUAUGCAAGAAGAGGUUCAGUUCGACUUCGAACCUGAAAACCCACCUUAGACUACACUCUGGCCAAAAGCCGUACGCCUGCGACCUUUGUCCUGCCAAGUUCACCCAGUUUGUCCACUUAAAGCUGCACAAGAGACUGCACACGAACGAGCGGCCCUACACCUGCCAAGGCUGCGACAAGAAAUACAUUAGCGCGAGCGGCCUUAGGACCCACUGGAAGACAACAAGCUGCAGACCGAACAACAUCGAGGACGAGCUCGCGCUCGCCGCCGUAGGUUCGCCGACGUAUUAUGAAUACGGUCCCGAUAUGAAUGUUGGAAAUAUGCCGAAGGAAUGCGAGCUGGAACACAUCGAUAAUUAUGACAGGCACGGAUCGGCGCAUGGUCCGCACACUACGUCCCUCCACACCCUGGAAAACUCCGUAGGUCGACCGAGCGUCAUAGAAACGUCGCAGCCACAUAUUAUCGAAUGUACAUAAGCCGCAUGAUGGAGUGUAAGCCUCCUUUCGUACCGGCGCAAAAUGUAUCCGUGGAAAUGUAAGCGAGUUACUCGCGACUAAUGAGACGAGAAAACGAAAAAGAAAAAGAGAGGAGUUCUCCCUCUGAAAUGGUAGGAAAUGCAAAGAAUCGAGAUUUUAUAUAUAAAGUCGCACGAUAAAUCUUCACAAAUUCUCCUCUCUGAUUUUGGUAAAAUAAAAUAAAUUUACAAA